AUGAAAGAGGAUGAAGCCCCCGAAGAGCCUCCGAAGGUCAUCGCCACGAGUGAUAUCAAAUCUUGGCUUAGAAAAAUAGAAUUAAGCCUGCAGGACAUCAACCAAACAGCUUCGGAAGAUUUCACAUUGGUAACCCGCUGCUUUAAAUGCCAGCUCUACAACCAUGCUGCAAAGACCUGUAAAAUGGACUGCAACAUCUGCGGACAUUGCGGCGAAGCGGGGCACACAAUCAAAGAAUGCCCGAAAAAGGACGCCCCUCCGAAGUGUGCAACCUGCUCGCACUUCAGGAAACCGAGCGACCACCAAACAGGCGACCCCGAUUGCCCAGCGAGACAAAUGGCCGAGAAAAGGUUUAUAAACUCUAUAGACUAUGAGGGCGCCUGA